AUGGGUCGGAAGAAGACCAAGAAGCAAACUUUAAAAAGUCCCGAUGAGGAUUCAGUCGACAUCUUAGUACAAAUAUUAGAAGAUGCUGGUAUUUUCCAGAAAAACGGUGCAGAAGAGGGUUCCUGGGAGACCUGUUCCAAGUCCAUCGAAACCCUUGCUAUAAAACUGGAAAAAUACCGGUCAAACAAUCGUAAUUCUGAUGCUAUCGGCGAGUCUGCGGUCAUGAUGGUCUUGGAUAUUGAAGAAGCGACACGAAUGGUCCGCCAAGAUGCGAAAACUCUAGAGAUCGAGAUCGAAGCACUGGAUUCGGGACUGCAGUUGUGUCGAGAUCUUGAGUUGUCUAGCCGACAGCUCUGUACGUUGGCAAAAUCACUUAACGGGGCAAUAUCCAGGCAGAAAUGGACGGCACAAGACACACUUUAUGAUUUAAUACAAACACUGGACAAUCUCUACAGUAAAACAGAGGAUCAAUCUUCGACGAAAAGUACCUUGACAAAUAGUGCUUCUCUUUUUCGCAAACGUUGCAUUGAGGCAAGACAUUCGCCAUGGAGAGAGGCGUUGUCAGUGUUGCAAGAUGAUUAUGAAUCUAAUGUGAUUGCUCCAGAAGUAUUGGAGGAAGUUAUUGCUUUUGGAUUUGAGCCGAAGCACAAUAAAUUGCAGCUGGACGACAAGCAGCUAUCUUCCGUGAUUACUCACACCACCAUAUUUGAUGCAGUACAAGCAUUUGCAUCUGGAACGGGCAUUUCACAUGCAUCCUUUACUUCGGUCCUAUUGCUUGGCCCAGAAGGUAGCGGAAAAACUCAAUGUUGCGAUGAAAUCGAGAGGAUGGUCAAGUCAAUGAUAAAUGUUAUUCGACCAACCUUGCCGUAUGAUAUUAUGGGGAAAACUAUUGGUGCGACGGAAGAUAUCCUUGUUUCCAUCCUUUUAGGGUCUCCAGAGCCAUCGAUAAUCAUCCUCGAUGAUAUCGACAAAAUUCUUGGAUCAAACUACUUUUCUUCCGCCACUCCAACUGGUGGUCCUAGUGGUGAUGCCACAAGCGGACAACAGGUAGAGCCCCAUGUCACAACAAGAUUGCGCUCCUUAUUUCUUUCAUUACUGGAUAGGCUGAAAAUGGCAAGUGGUAGUUCCAAUCAAACCUUGCUGAUUUGCACGUCGGUUGUGGAUUUGGGCAAGUCAGUUGGUAGAUUUGACAAGACAUACCACCUUUCGAUUCCCGACGAACAAGUGCGACAGGCUAUAAUAUUCCGUUGCAUUGGAACACUGAAAGGCUUAAGAAGUGCAAAUUCCGCUCUUCAUACGGUACGGGAUACUGAAAGACUCUUCGAUAAUAUCGUUGAAUGUACAGCCGGGUUAUCAUAUGCUGAGUUAGCACAAAAUUGCCGCCAAGCAAUGCUUGCAAGUUGCAAACAGUACGAGAGCUCCCAACAGACAACCAGUCCUGAGGUAUUGUUUCUAGUCACCUUGAGAGAGCAGGUACAAAUGUCAACCCCGAAUUCCCUUCGCAGUGGAUUCAAUGCGGACUCUUUGGACAUGAGGGUGAUGUCGGGAAAAGAUCUACUGGAAAUGUCAAAGAAUGGUCAACAUCAAAGCAAUUCAUUUCCAUUUCCAUUGUUUGGCAAAAGCGCUGGAGAAGCAUGGGAGAAUAUUCGGAGAACAGUUGUGGUACCAAUCUGUCAGGCAAUGGCACUCAAGAACUUGAUAUAUCAUACUGGGGGGCAAGGGGGCAGGAUAUUUUCAGGCGGCGUGCUUCUGACGGGUAAGCCUGGCUGUGGUAAAUCUGCUUUGGCCUAUCAUGCUGCCAUGGUGGCUUCCAAUUUGAACCCAGCUGUUAAGCUGGUCGACGUUAGUUGUACUUCACUCAUAUCCAAAGAAGUAGGGAGCUCAGAGCGCUCCGUCCAUCGACUGUUUGAAGCGGCGAGGGCAGCUGCACCAUGCAUUCUACUAAUGGACGGGAUUGAAAACGUUGCUGCUGUUCGAGGCAAUGACAACACGACGGAAGGAACCAUGGAUCGUGUCCUUUCUACCCUUCUUGUAGAACUGGAUGGUGUUAACGGCGAAAAAUCUUCCGAAGACAAUGGCGCCGGUUUUGCUGUCAUUGGCAUCACGCAUAACUCGAAGUGGAUCGAUCCUGCUCUGCUACGUCCCGGAAGGCUUGGGCACAUCAUCGAAUUGGGGUACCCCGAAUAUGAGGCGAGAAAGGAGAUUGUUCUGCGUGAGUUCAAGGGUGCCGAAUGUGUCGACGAUAGCUCGGAAUAUGGUUUCAAGGAUGUAAAGAGUCUCUCAGACUUCAUUGCAUCGAAAACAGAGGGAUUCAGUGGCGCAAUCAUCAUUGCGGUCUGUAAUGAAGCAAAGAUGUUGUCGUCGAGAGCGCUGACUAAGGAGUCAACACAUAUGGAGCUGAGACCGCAGCACAUCUUAUCGGCUAUAGAAGCUAGAACAGGCGCUAUACCGUAA